AUGGCGACGAAGCUAUCGACCUGCUUUGUCAGCCAAGCUUUUGCAGGUUUCAGCUAUGGCAGUCACUCAAAUGUCCGCUUCUCGCCUCCUCAACAUCAUCACCUCCUUUUCCCUGCUACUUGCAAGAUGCGCCAUCGCCAUUUAGGCUACCGCUACCAGCUCAAGAAACGGCAGUUCAAGAAAGCCUCCAACGAACAGACUCCGCCGGCGGCAGAAUCGCUCUCCGACCUGGAGAACGAGGCCGCUUCGUCGAGUACUGUCAAUCGCCGCCGUUUGAAUCCUGAAAUCGCGCCAAAUGACGACACCAGAGCUACUAGCACGAGUGACGAGCGUAAGGAGCAAGGCGCCAGUGGAACUGAUACGGCGAGCAGUGAAGAGCAGAAGGAUUACGUCAACGGAGAAGAAGAAUCGGAGACCACUGUAGAGGUGGAACACGUCCACGAUGACGAGUCUCAGCUUCGCGAGAGGAUUGCUGUAAUUGAAGAAGCGAAAUCUCUGGCCUUAACUCUGAAUGUAGAUGGUGAGGAAAAGCGACUUUCAGGCUUUCAGUUGCAGGAUCUGAUAGGCAUGAUAAGAAACGCAGAGAAGAAUGUCCUUCUUCUCAACGAUGCUAAGGUUCGUGCUCUUGAGGAUCUUAAUAGAAUUCUUGCUGAGAAGGAAUCGUUGCAAGGAGAAAUGAACGUUUUGGAGACAAGAUUGGCCGAAACUGAUGCACGAUUGAAGGUUGCUGCGCAAGAGAAGAUACAUGUUGAACUCCUAGAGAUCCAGUUAGAUAGACUAAGGAAUGAGCUCACUCACAGGAGUCCUGCCACAGAUGUGCUUCAUCAGCUUGAGAACCAGAACAAGCAAACAGACGCUGAUGCUAAUUCUCUGAGUAAGGAGCUUAGUUCAUUGAGGACAGAGAAUAUGUUUCUGAAACAGGAUAUGGAAGCACUUAAAGCUGAUCUAAGUGCGGUCAAGAACACUGGUCAGCGUGUCAUAACACUCGAGAAGGAGCGAUAUACAAUUGAGUCCUCUUUAAAGGACCUGCAAUCGAAAGUGUCAUCUUCUCAGGCAGAUGAAUGUAAGGAUUUGUGGGAGAGAGUUGAGAGUUUGCAGUCCUUACUAAAAAAGGCAACCAAGCAGGCAGAUCAAGCUAUCUUAGUGUUGCAGCAAAACCAAGAGCUCCGGAAGAAGGUGGACAAGUUGGAAGAUUCUUUAGAAGAUGCUAAUAUCUACAAGCUCUCAUCUCAAAGGCAGCAGCAAUACAAUGAACUAAUGCAGCAAAAGAUAAAGCUAUUGGAAGAACACCUUCAAAGGUCUGAUGAAGAGAUACAGUCUCAUGUACAAUUCUACCAAGAAUCUGUGCAUGAAUUUCAGGAUACACUGAACAAAUUGAUAGAAGAAAGCAAGGAAAGGGCUCUAGACGGACCAGUAGAUCAUAUGCCAUGGGAGUUUUGGAGCCGUUUGUUGCUAAAAAUUGAUGGCUGGCUACUGGAGAAAAAAGUAUCACCAGAUGAUGCAAAGCUGCUUAGAGAGCUGGUAUGGAAGCGAGAGAGGAAAGUUUAUGAUGUAUACAUGCAGUGUAGAGAGAAGAAUGAGCAAGAUUCCAUAUCCAUGUUCCUGAAGCUCACUUCAGGACCUAAAAGUCCAGGGUUGCAUGUCAUUCAUAUAGCAGCAGAAAUGGCUCCAGUUGCUAAGGUUGGUGGUUUAGGAGAUGUUAUCAGUGGACUUGGUAAAGCACUACAAAAGAGAGGACACCUUGUGGAGAUUAUUCUGCCCAAAUAUGACUGCAUGGAGUAUGAUCGAAUAUCUGACUUAAAGGCCAUAGAUCUUGUGGUAGAGUCAUACUUCGAAGGCAAAUUGUACAAAAACAAGAUCUGGACUGGCGUUGUUGAAGGUCUCCCUGUAUACUUCAUUGAGCCACUUCACCCUGCAAAGUUCUUUUGGCGAGGGGAGUACUACGGGGAACACGAUGAUUUCAAGCGCUUCUCGUUUUUCAGUCGUGCAGCACUCGAGCUACUUCUUCAAACCGGCAAAAGACCUGACAUAAUUCAUUGCCACGAUUGGCAGACAGCUUUUAUUGCCCCUCUUUACUGGGACAUUUAUAACCCGAAAGGACUAAACUCAGCUAGAAUAUGUUUCACGUGUCACAACUUUGAGUACCAAGGAACUGCACCGGCUUCAGAACUGGCUGCAUGUGGUCUUAACGUCCAACAGCUCAAUAGACCGGAUAGAAUGCAGGACAACUCGGCCCAUGAUAGGGUGAAUCCUGUGAAGGGCGCUGUGGUGUUCUCGAACAUCGUGACAACAGUAUCACCUACCUAUGCCGGAGAAGUUCGGACGGCAGAGGGUGGUAAAGGUCUCCAUUCAACUCUCGUCUCCCACUCCAAGAAGUUUAUUGGAAUUCUUAAUGGAAUUGAUGGUGAUGCUUGGAAUCCUUCGACCGAUUCUCUCCUCGCUGUCCAAUACAGUUCCAAUGACCUUCAGGGGAAAGCACAAAAUAAAACAGCAAUAAGAAGGCAGCUGGGACUUUCCACUGCCAAGCUCAGGCAACCAUUGGUUGGCUGCAUAACAAGAUUGGUGCCACAGAAAGGUGUGCAUCUCAUUCGGCAUGCAAUUUACAGAACAUUAGAACUUGGGGGUCAGUUCGUGCUGCUUGGAUCUAGCCCAGUUCCGCAUAUUCAGCAAGAAUUUGAGGGUAUUGCAAACAACCUUCGAGACAGCGAACAUGCUAGGCUGAUAUUGAAGUAUGACGAAGCGCUGUCCCAUUCCAUAUAUGCAGCAUCUGACAUGUUCAUCAUCCCAUCCAUCUUCGAGCCUUGCGGCCUUACACAGAUGAUUGCUAUGCGAUAUGGUUCAGUACCGAUUGUAAGGAAGACAGGUGGCCUAAAUGACAGCGUCUUUGAUGUCGACGAUGAUGCCAUACCUCUCCGGUAUCGUAAUGGGUUCACUUUCUUGGAUCCUAAUGAACAGGGAUUUAAUGGUGCCUUGGAGCGAGCUUUUGAACAUUAUAGGAACGACGUGAAAGGUUGGGAAGAUCUCGUCCGGAAAAUCAUGGAGAUGGAUUUCAGUUGGGAAACUUCUGCUGCUCAAUACGAGGACCUCUACUCCAAGUCCGUCGCCAGAGCUAGGGCGGCCAGAGCAUGA